AUGCAAUUAUCAUUUGCAGGCGUCCUUGACAUUUACGGCUUUGAAACGUUCGAGAUAAACUCCUUUGAGCAGUUUUGCAUUAAUUAUGCCAACGAGAAGCUCCAACAACAGUUCAAUUCACACGUUUUCAAAUUAGAACAGGAUGAAUACAUUAAGGAGGAGAUAUGUUGGAAGAUGAUCGACUUCUACGACAACCAGCCGUGCAUCGACCUGAUCGAAGAGCGGCUGGGAGUGUUGGCACUGCUGGACGAGGAGUGUCGCGUGCCGCAGGGCUCGGACCAAGGCUUCGUGGCCAAGCUACACCACAACUGCUCCAAGUACCCGCACUUUCUCAAGCCCAGGUUCGGCAACGCGGCUUUCAUAAUAAAACACUUCGCUGAUAAUGUGGAGUACCAAUGUGGAGGUUUCUUGGAGAAGAACCGUGACACUGUUUCUGAGGAACAGUUGGAAUGCAUAAAGUCGGCGACCAGCUGCCGACUCAUCCACACGAUCUUUGCUGAGGAGCGCCCUAUGGGUCAGGCUUCUACAUUGCCGCCACCAUCUAGACGGAGAACUACCCCAUCGCAACCUAUUGGUAGCCUGACGCAAACACCGAGACGGGCGUCGGGACAGCAGCAGACGGUGGGCGCACAGUUCCGCGCGUCGCUGUCGGCUCUCAUGCACACGCUGUCCGCCACCACGCCGCACUACGUGCGCUGCAUCAAGCCCAACGACACCAAGCAGCCCUUCAGCUUUGACCCGGCGCGAGCCGUGCACCAGCUCAGAGCGUGUGGAGUGUUGGAAACAAUCAGAAUAUCGGCUGCUGGAUUCCCUUCGCGUUGGCUGUAUCAGGAUUUCUUUCAUAGAUACCGACUAUUAUGCUUACACAAAGAUGUUGACCGCGGAAACAUCAAAGCCACAUGUGCCAAAAUACUCCAAAAGCACAUCAAAGACCCUGACAAAUAUCAAUUCGGAGCUACCAAGAUAUUUUUCCGAGCUGGUCAGGUGGCGUACUUGGAGAAGGUGCGCGCGGAGAUCCAGCGCGUGUACUGCGUGCGCGUGCAGAGCUGCGUGCGCCGCUUCGUGGCGCGCCGCAAGUACCUGCGCCUCGUGCGUGCGCUGCGCGGGCUGCAGGCGCACGCGCGCGGCUUCCUCGCACGCAGGCGCGCGCAGGACGUGCGUCGCAACCGCGCCGCGAUCAAGAUACAACGCAACGUGCGCGGCUGGCUCGCUCGCCGCAAGUACCGGCGGCUGCGAGCUCUGGCCAUCGGGCUGCAGGCGCACGCACGGGGCUAUCUGGCUCGCCGGCUCUACCGCGACAGGCGACGCGUGCUUGCGGUCAUCACGAUCCAAAGGUACGCGCGCGGAUUUCUUGCGAGGCAGCGGGUGAAGAAGAUGAAGAGACAGAUUGUAAUUGCACAAGCUGCUGUGCGUCGUUUCCUCGCGCGGCGGCAGUACAAGCGGCUCCGCAUCGAGGCGCGCAGCUUGGACCACGUGAAGAGCCUCAACAAGGGGCUGGAGAACAAGAUCAUCAGCCUGCAGCAGCGCCUGGGCGACGCCCUCGAGCGCGCCCGCGCCAUCGAGCCGCUGCAGGCGCAGCUCGCGGACCUCAGGGCUAAACUUGAACUCCUAAAACUAGUAGAGAUUGAAGCAAAGACUCUAAGAGUGGACAUUCAAGAUAAGGACAGUCUGAUCGCGUCGCUGCAAGACGAGUUAACGAGUGAACGGGACAGCAACAAGCGACUCGUGGAAGAGAAGAAUGAGGUGGAGAACAAAUACAACAAGCACAAGGACGUAUGGCUAGAGGAAAGCAAGAAAUUAGCAGAUGAGCUCAAGAGUACCAAGGAACAUUUCGAAAUGGCUAUUGAAGAACGGGAUAAGCAGCACGAAUCGGAGAAGAGGGCACUGUGCGCGGAACUAGAAGCCGAAAGGCAGAGUCGACAGAAACUGCUUUCGUCACAGUAUGAGCUACAGGAAAGACUGGACGCUAUGCAAAGGGCACCGCCGACCAAAGAGCACAGAAGGUCAUUUUCUGACGCCAGCAACGCUUCGCAGCAAGAGACCACAGUUGAAGAUGACUACGGGUACGGGUCGGUACGUUCGGUGGAGACGUCGCGGCCGGCGCUGGAGGCCGUCAACUGGGCCGCCGGACAGCACAAUGGACCCACGCCCAUCGCGGACGCCGGGCUAGUGCUGCGCAUGCAGAACAGGAUCUCAGCUCUGCAGAGCGAACUGUCCAGGACCUCCAAGCGCGCUCACGACCUGGAGGAGCGCCUCAUGAAUCGGCUGUCGUCGCCGCCCAGCAACCCCAACACCGACCGCUUCCGCGUGGAGGAGCUGGAGAUCGAGAACAAGAAGCUGCGCGAGCACCUCGACCGCCUGCGGGCCGCCGGCGACAGCCUGCUCGUCUCCAAGGAGGUCAUCGAGCAAUUGGGCGUGAUGCAAAAAGAGUUGGACAGGAGGCGUGAAGAGUGCAUUCAGUUAAAGAGCGUCCUCACCAAUCAGACGGUAAACUUAAAGUCGCUUGCGUCUUCCAAUUACGGUUCGGACGUGGACAUUAUCAACGAAGAUGGCGAGUUAGCGACUGCUUACGAGGCUCAAAAGGAUAUCAACAGACAAUUACAAGAAGAACUGCUGGCUGAAAAGAAAUUCUACUCCGAGCACAUUUCACAGGCAAAAGCGGAGAUCGAGAGAUUGCGAGAAGAGAAUGAAAAGUAUCAGAAAUUACUGAGUGCAGAUUUAAGUCAGGAACCAAAGAAUAAAAGUCAAGAGUUCGCGCAAAAUGAGAUUAUUCGAUUGGCCGCAGAGAGCCUCGCUAUACAGGAACGCGUUGACAAACUUUCGGAGAGCUGUCGUCGGUACAAAAAUCAAAUCAGGUUGCUCGUUGACAGGCUAAAGGAGGUUGGCAUUGAUGACGUCAACGACAUUCUAGAGGGCAACGACACAGUGACGGCGCAACACUCCCUGUCGACUAUACAAAUGGCGCCUGUGACACGCAAAAAGGAGAGAGAAUACCUGGGCAUGUUCGAGUACAAAAUACAGGACGAGCCGAUCAUUCUUAAAAAGCUUAUUACUGAUCUGAAACCGCGGGUAGCAGUAACUCUGUUACCUGGCCUGCCGGCCUACAUCCUGUUCAUGAUGCUGCGGCAUAUGGACCACGUGGACGACGAACCCAAGAUGCAUCAGCUUAUAAGAGCUGUCCGCAUCAGCGUUAAGAAGACAGUGAAGAGACGCGCUGACAGCGUCGAGUAUAAUGCGCUCUGGCUAUCUAACAUGCUUAGGCUGCUGAAUAACUUGCGGCAGUACAGCGGCGACGCGGUGUACCAGGCGGCCAACACGCCGCGGCAGAACCAGCAGUGCCUGCGCAUCUUCGACCUCUCCGAGUACCGCCAGGUGCUCAGCGACACCGCCAUAUGGAUCUAUCAGGGUUUGAUCCAGCUGCUGGAGCGUCAGUUGGAGCGGCUGAUCUUGCCCGCGAUCCUGGAGUACGAGGAGAUCAACGUGCACUCGGGCCCGGCGCGGCCGCCGACGGGCGGAGCGGGGGGCGCUACGGCCGGGCCCGCGCGGCUCAAGCACGAGCUGGCGGGGGUGCGCGAUCACCUGCGCACGUUCGCCGUCGACGCCUCGCUCACCGUCACCAUCUUCAAGCAGUUGUUUUACUACAUCUGCGCAUACAGCUUAAAUCAACUGCUGCUCCGCAAAGAUCUCUGCUGCUGGGCCAAGGGUCUGCAAAUCCGGUACAACAUCUCACAUCUCGAGACUUGGAUUAAAGAGCAUCUCGCCGAAUAUGGACAGAAGAGCGUUGAAGAGAUCCUCGGUGUACUGAAGCCCAUCACUCAAGCAGUGCAGUUGCUGCAAGCGCGCAAGUCUAUGAUCGACGUGGACAGCACGGUCGAAAUGUGCGCCGAUCUCACUGCCAUGCAAGUUUGUAAGAUUUUGAACAUGUACACGCCGGCCGAGGAGUACGAAGUGAAAGUAACGCGCGAAUUCAUACACGAGAUACAGAAGAAGAUGCAGGAGCGCGCCGGACCCACGGCUGGCAAGGAAUCCCAGAGCUUGCUGAUGGAUUCGAAGAUGAUAUUCUCAGUUCAGUUCCCGUUCAACCCGUCGUCCAUCCGGCUAGAAGACAUCGAGGUGCCUGAAGUCCUCGAGCUGGACGGACUCCUCACAAAGAUUUAA